CCUUCUAAGCUUAAUAGUGACACAAAGUAAACUAGUAUCAGAUACACCUGGGCAUCCGAGGACAUUGUAAAUAUACUGUCUGUGAAUCAUCUCUGGGGAUUAAACACGAUACAUAAGAGAUAUUUUUUCUAAAGAACCUUAUUUUGCACUACUUUUGAAAAAACUUUAUUUUGCACAGGAAGACCUACAGGCAUGGAUAAGAGAUUGAUUCUCAGUGUUCUGUUGGUGAUGGCAACCUGGGAUUUUAUUGCCACCGAUGCCCAAAGCACUAGUGCAUUAACAACUGCUACUGGAACCACAGUGACAGCAUCAGCUAGUGGAACCACUGCUGAAGCAACCACUGGUCAGACCACAGAUGGAGCACAAAGUGAUGGAACCACCACCACCACAGCAACUGCAAGUGGAACCACUGCUGAAGCAACCACUGGUCAGACCAAAGCUGGAGCACAAAGUGAUGGAACCACCACAACAGCAACUGCUAUCGGAACCACUACUGAAGCAACCACUGGUCAGACCAAAGCUGGAGCACAAAGUGAUGGAACCACCACCACAGCAACUGCUAUCAGAACCACUGCUGAAGCAACCACUGGUCAGACCAAAGCUGGAGCACAAAGUGAUGAAACCACCACAACAGCAACUGCUAUCGGAACCACUACUGAAGCAACCACUGGUCAGACCAAAGCUGGAGCACAAAGUGAUGGAACCACCACAACAGCAACUGCUAUUGGAACCACUGCUGAAGCAAACACUGGUCAGACCAAAGCUGGAGCACAAAGUGAUGGAACCACCACAACAGCAACUGCUAUCGGAACCACUACUGAAGCAAACACUGGUCAGACCAAAGCUGGAGCACAAAGUGAUGGAACCACCACAACAGCAACUGCUAUCGGAACCACUACUGAAGCAACCACUGGUCAGACCAAAGCUGGAGCACAAAGUGAUGGAACCACCACAACAGCAACUGCUAUCGGAACCACUACUGAAGCAAACACUGGUCAGACUAAAGCUGGAGCAGAAAGUGAUGGAACCACCAUCACAGCAACUGCUAUCAGAACCACUGCUGAAGCAACCACUGGUCAGACCAAAGCUGGAGCAGAAAGUGAUGGAACCACCACAACAGCAACUGCUAUCAGAACCACUGCUGAAGCAAACACUGGUCAGACCAAAGCUGGAGCAGAAAGUGAUGGAACCACCACAACAGCAACUGCUAUCGGAACCACUGCUGAAGCAACCACUGGUCAGACCAAAGCUGGAGCAGAAAGUGAUAGAACCACCACAGCAACUGCUAGUGGAACUGUUCCUGAAGCAACCACUGGUCAAAAUGUACUGAUAACAAAAAAUAGCAAAAUCAAUACAACAACUAAUACUGCAGAGACCACCGCAGCAAAUACUGUUGAAACCGCUGCAGCACCAACUAAUAAUGGAAUUACUAAGGCACCAGCUAACAAUAGUACCACUGUGACACCAGCUGAUAAUGGAGAUACUGAGGCACCAGCUAACCAUAGUACCACUGUGACACCAGCUGAUAAUGGAGAUACUGAGGCACCAGCUAACCAUAGUACCACUGUGACACCAGCUGAUAAUGGAGAUACUGAGGCACCAGCUAACCAUAGUACCACUGUGGCACCAGCUGAUAAUGGAGAUACUGAGGCACCAGCUAACAAUAGUACCACUGUGACACCAGCUGAUAAUGGAGAUACUGAGGCACCAGCUAACCAUAGUACCACUGUGACACCAGCUGAUAAUGGAGAUACUGAGGCACCAGCUAACCAUAGUACCACUGUGACACCAGCUGAUAAUGGAGAUACUGAGGCACCAGCUAACCAUAGUACCACUGUGACACCAGCUGAUAAUGGAGAUACUGAGGCACCAGCUAACCAUAGUACCACUGUGACACCAGCUGAUAAUGGAGAUACUGAGGCACCAGCUAACCAUAGUACCACUGUGACACCAGCUGAUAAUGGAAAUACUGAGGCACCAGCUAACCAUAGUACCACUGUGGCACCAGCUGAUAAUGGAAAUACUGAGGCACCAGCUAACCAUAGUACCACUGUGGCACCAGCUGAUAAUGGAGAUACUGAGGCACCAGCUAACCAUAGUACCACUGUGACACCAGCUGAUAAUGGAGAUACUGAGGCACCAGCUAACCAUAGUACCACUGUGGCACCAACUGAUAAUGGAGAUACUGAGGCACCAGCUAACCAUAGUACCACUGUGGCACCAGCUGAUAAUGGAAAUACUGAGGCACCAGCUAACCAUAGUACCACUGUGACACCAGCUGAUAAUGGAAAUACUGAGGCACCAGCUAACCAUAGUACCACUGUGGCACCAGCUAAUAAUGGAAAUACUGAGGCACCAGCUAACCAUAGUACCACUGUGGCACCAGCUGAUAAUGGAAAUACUGAGGCACCAGCUAACCAUAGUACCACUGUGGCACCAACUGAUAAUGGAAAUACUGGGGCAACAGCUAACCAUAGUACCACUGUGGCACCAGCAAAUAAUGGAAAUACUGGGGCAACAGCUACCCGUAGUACCACUGUGGCACCAGCUAAUAAUGGAAAUAAUGGGGCACCAGCUAACCGUAGUACCACUGUGGCACCAGCUGAUAAUGGAAAAACUAUGGCACCAGUGACCACUGUCCCUGCAAAUGCACAGUCCGACUACACCACCGCUUCUUCUGCUUAUCCAGUCACAGCCACACAGCCAUUCUUGCCAGCUCUGCUUGUCACCAUGUGCAUGCUGGCUUUUCCUCCUAUGUAAAUAACUGACUCCCACUAGGCCUAAAACAGGUGGAACUUCCCAAAUGAUGCCCAUCGCUUUCUAAAUUCAGUAAUUUAAACUCAACAUUUAUUAUGCACAGAUUUUAGUUUAGCAGAAACUAUAAAGUGCUAUUUAAGUCUCUUUUUCAAUGCCAGUUAACAAAUUUGCAACCAUAUGUGACUGUUAUACUGAUAUGGGAAUGUCAAAUGCUUUGAUUUAGUAGUACUCAAUAUUUCUUCUGCUUUGACUAUUUGAGCUGAUGUAACCAGUACAUUUCUCCACUAUGAGAUCAAUAAAGUCAAUAAAUAAACAAGUUUUUUUCACAAAACUGUUAGAGUUGUUCUCUGACAUAGAUGAAAUGCAAAAUGUGUUUUAAUGUGACAGAAAUCUUCUUCGAAAGUUGCAAUUUAAGAAAGCGUAAAGCAUUCCGGUUUCAAGGUCUGGCUACCUUUACUGUUUCAUCUGUGCAUUUUCUUUCAUGUGAAUUUUGAAAUCUUAAAAAAAAUGAUCUUUUAUCUAAUUUUUUUUCUUUUAACAUUAUCUUCCUGUAGUCUUAGUUGCGAUGUGUGUUCAUACUUUAUCUAUCACUAAAUUAUGAAGUCUCUACUGGCUGAUGUGUUAGUGAAAGAGAGAAGCAAUAAUGCUAUACAAAACAAUGCUGAAGGUCAUUUAAUAUCUGCAGGAAUUCAAAUAAUGAUGUUUUGUUUUUAAUGGAAGGUUGUAUCUCUAUUUGUGUAGCAGUUGAAUAAAACUGUAUU